AUGAUUGCAUUCAAAGCAUUGAUCGCCAUACUUAUUACCUUCUUGUUUGUACAAUCUGUCACGCCCGUUGCUACGCGCGCUCCACUGACCAUCGCUGACGCUGUUAACGUAGUGCGACAAAAACUAAAUCUUCCUCUUGUGACCGCCAACUCUAAGCUGGACACAUUUGCCGCUGAUUAUCUUUAUAAAUUGGCCAAGGGAACGGUGUCUGGUCUUUUAGGCGUCAAUGAGCUUGUUUAUGAACUUUCUUUAGUCGGUUAUCAGGCUUCGUUGGCUGCAAUGACUCUGUCAAGGGGAUAUACACCGGCAGAGUUUAUAUAUGAAUUUUAUCAAGAUCCUGACGGUUACAAAGUCCUUACUUAUUCAAGUCUUUCUGAUGUUGGUGCCGUUGACGUUUUUGCCGACGAUGGCACUGAGUACAUUUUAUCAAUAUUUGCCGUAGCACAAUCUGGUACCACAAAACGUGCACCAUUAGAUGUCUCAAAGUUGGCAAAAUUGACAACCGAUGAACGUUCGUUUACAAAAGCCAUUGAUGUUAAAUUUUUGGAAUAA